AUGCACAAAUACUGCGCCCGAGCCAUGAGUGCCCACGAUAACCCUGCACAAUAUGUCCAGAAUUAUAUCGGCUACACUUUUAGGGACCAUGCCAUCCUAGAGGAGGCCGUUGCUCAAACCAACAACAAACGCCUCGGGUUCCUAGGGGACAAAGUCGUGGGAUUGCUCUUGCUGGACGCCUGGUACAGAACCCACGACAGCUGUGAAACUGGGAACUAUACAUUGCAGCGGUAUGGAAGUAAUCGGGAGAUGGCCGACGAGGCCAGAAUCGCCAAGUUUGACCAGUUUAUUGAGCCAGACUGUAUAUUUCACAGGCCGCAUUCACGAGCGUAUAUUCAUGACCUUGCCACUGAGGUUGAAGCUAUCGUUGGGGCAGUCUGGGUCGACUCAGGCCGUGACUGGGAAGUGACUGGAAAGUGUUAUGGGAGGAUCAGGGACCACCUGGUGACUUAA